GCGCGGAGCUGGCGGAGCCGCGGUCGGUUCGGCUGCAGCGGGCGGCGCGGCCCCUCCCGGCUGCGGCAUGGAGCUGCCGGCCGUGGGCGAGCACGUCUUCGCCGUGGAGAGCAUCGAGAAGAAGCGGAUCCGCAAGGGCAGAGUGGAGUACCUGGUCAAAUGGAGAGGCUGGUCGCCCAAGUAUAACACGUGGGAACCGGAGGAGAACAUCCUGGACCCCCGGCUGCUGAUCGCCUUCCAGAACAGGGAGCGGCAGGAGCAGCUCAUGGGAUACCGCAAGCGGGGGCCGAAGCCGAAGCCGCUCGUUGUGCAGCUGCCCUCGUUCGCCCGCCGCUCCAACAUCCUCACGGGGCUGCAGGAGCCUGCUGUGGACAACAGGCCCAAGCUGGACCUCAGCUCCUCGGGCAAGAGCCAGCAGCACCAGUACGAGCUCAACAGCAAGAAGUACCACCAGUACCAGCCCAAUGGCAAGGAGAGCAGCAUGAAGCACCAGUCCCACAGCAAAGGGAAGUAUUACUACCAGCUGAACAGCAAGAAGCACCACCACUACCAGCCAGACCCCAAGAUGUACGAGCCCCACUACCAGCCCACGAGCAAGGAGCCACAGAGCCAGGCAUGCCUAGAGAGCAGCAAGAGCCCCAUGGUCGCCCACCCAGACAAGUGGGCUCAUGUCCCCAACAAGAGCUUGCUGGGCCCAGUCAAGAACCUGUCUGCAGAGAGCAAGAACGGGGCUGAGAAGAACCUGUCGAGUGCUACUGGGCCUCCACCGCGGGACAGGGUGACGGGCAAUGGUCUUGGGGGCAAGAUGAAGAUCGUCAAGAACAAAAACAAGAAUGGGCGCAUAGUGAUCGUCAUGAGCAAGUACAUGGAGAACGGCAUGCAGGCGGUGAAGAUCAAGUCUGGGGAGCCAGCCCGGAAGCGGGUGGCGGAGGAGAGGACUCCUAAGAAGGGUGGGGAAGAGAAGCUGGAGGUGUGGAGGAAGCCAGGGGAGGACAGGGUGGUGGGCAGCAGCCCCCUGAGCAAAGCGGAGGGCGAGGGGAGGCAGCCGCCCGUGGAACUCCAGGAGAGCCCCCGGAAGCCCCUGCUGGCCCAGGAGCUGCACGUCCCUGCUGCCGAGCAGCCCCUGCAGCUCACCACAAAGCCCGACCUCGUGCCCUGGUCGCUGAGCCCUGCGCACGAGCACAGCCCUGCCUCCAUGGGACUGAGCCUGGCCAGCCCGGGCUCGCGUAAGCGCUGCCUCUCGGAGCCGCCCGGCGAGCGGGAGCUGGGCAAGAAGCGCCUCCCGUGCCGCAGCAUCAGUGCCCCCACGUGCGGCAGCCCCCCGGCCGCGGCGCCCGGCCCGCCCGCGCCGCCCGAGGUCAUCCUGCUGGACUCCGACCUGGACGAGCCCAUAGACUUGCGCUGCGUGAAGCCGCGGGCCGAGGACGAGCCGCCUGCCACGCACGUGAAGCCCGAGGCGCCGCUGGGGCCCGCGGAGAAGCCGCCUGCGGAGCCCCUGCAGCCCCGUGAGGCCACCGCCGAGGAGGAGGAGGAGGCCGAAGCCCUGCAGGAGUUCAAGCCCUUCUUUGGGAAUAUAAUUAUCACAGACGUGACGGCAAACUGCCUGACGGUGACCUUCAAGGAGUACGUGACGGUGUGAGCGGGGUCCCCGGCUGCUCCCCAUGGGAGGCACCGGCCCCGCGGCCCCUCGCAGGUACUGACGCCCCUUCCCCGGGGCCGGCGACCCUGGCC